CCUCGCACGCCUGAGAAUCCCGCAGGUGGUGACUAUCCUCGCGUUAUAUUACUGGUUUAGAUACAACCAGUGUCCUCGAGAACGAGGCAGUGCGGCAGCAGAGCAGACAGCAGCUCUUUUCUAGACUCCACACACCUCUUUCAACAGUGAGGGCGUUUUCGGUGUCACAGUCCCGGCAUCCAACGGCAGGUCCUGUCUGGAACCUGGGUCGACUCAAUCAUGUAGCCAUAGCAGUGCCGGAUUUGGAGAAGGCCUCAGCAUUUUACAAGGAUAUUCUGGGGGCCCAGGUAAGUGAAGUGGUCCCUGUUCCAGAACAUGGAGUCUCUGUUGUUUUCGUCAACCUGGGAAACACCAAGAUGGAGCUGCUUCAUCCACUGGGAAGUAACAGUCCAAUUGAAGGUUUUCUGAAGAAAAACAAGGCUGGAGGAAUGCAUCACAUCUGCAUUGAGGUGGAUGAUAUCAAUGAAGCUGUGAUGGAUUUGAAAAAAAAGGAGAUCCGUACUCUAAGUGAAGAAGCCAAAACAGGAGCACAUGGGAAGCCAGUGAUUUUUCUUCAUCCUAAAGACUGUGGCGGAGUCCUUGUAGAACUGGAGCAAGCUUGAUUUACAUUUGCAAGAAACUACAUUAAUUGACUGGCAAACUCUUAUCAAACACUAUUACAAUUAUUGUAGUACUGCUUCCAUCACUUAAAAAUUCAAAGUUAAAUGUUAAAUUACAGAAAUACUAAAACACCUCAAAAUAUUUGCUUUUUGAGAACAGCUCAUGGUCACGGGUUCUGUAGAAGUCUGUGGGGUGCUAGAGUUAGAUGCAUAGAAAAUUUUGUGGAAAAGUUGGUGCAGGAUCUGGGGAUGGGUAGAUAUUUGAAUUGUUUUAAUUAGUAUAAUUUGUAGAGUUGUUGUCGCUAGGUACGUGCGCACCUCAGUAGGUCCUGGAGGAAUACACGAAACCAAAAAUAUCUCACUGCGAAGAAGCCUGUGGUACAACUGGGGAAAGAACCACAUGAAAUAAGUGUAAAUAUUUGCAAAAUACCAUGGGAAUGAGUUAAAAAGAAAGGCAGAUGACACUUAUUCUGAUGAGCUUAGCUUGGAUUUUUUCCUCAGACUCUCAAAUAUAUUGGGAAUAUAUAGAUGAAUUACCAUGUUAUUGACAAUGCUGAUACGCCACACCCUGCCCCCAGGGACUUUGCAUUCCAUUACAGUUCCUUCAAUGAAUGGGCCACACAAAGUCAAAAACUUCACCACCUGCCAAGAGGCGAGCUAGGUCGCUCACUGGCCGGAGUCAAACCUCAGACCAAUGGCUCAGUCCUACCCCAGACCCUAUGCCUAAAGCCCUCAGAGCCACGCUCCCUAGGGCACCAGCUCUUCUUCUGGGUGCUCCCAGCAGAUAGAGUAUACUUUCAGUUCUCAAAUAAAUCUUUGAUCUUCCUGCUC